AUGAGCACUAAUAAUCACCCACCGGUACUUCCCAACGAACUACCGCCACCAUAUAUCGACCCUGAAGAUAGCGUUGAAGGCGCCCACGAAAGCCGAGUUGCACAGCAGGCCGGUGAGUCGGCAGCUUUUCUUAGCGCUCUAUCGGGUCGGCGGCAACAUUCAAACUUGUCUGCUACAACAACACCUUCUAGAGAUUACGAGUCAGAAACCGGAGACUUAGACUCGUUACUUAGCGAAACCGGCUCUGAAGACAGCGACUUGUACCAUGCCCCGAGUCAUAGAGCACAAAUGGGCAUAUCUGACGUGCAUCGCGAGAUGGAACAAUUUGAGAUAUAUGAUCCUGCAGCUGAAACAGUGAACCGGGGUCCGUCUUUUACAAGCCGAGCUGCUAUUGCAACCCAGCAACUGGCUCACAACGUAAACAGUAAAAUCAUUACACCUGUGUCGCGGAUGUUAGACCCAGUGGCCCAACUAAUUAACAAAGUUAGCAGGCGGUUUGACGCUCUGAUUUCGCGAUUUGGCAAUCCACUUAUUUUAAAACGGUUGCUAUAUUUAUUUUUUGUCUUCCUCAUUAUUUAUGUCUCGUUUGAGUCUGGUAUAUUACCUGGCAGCGCCAAGGACGCCUUUGGAGGUGGUGAGUAUUAUGACCGAGACUCACUUAUGACAUUUUUACGCGAUACAAUUGACAGCAACGUGAUUAAAGAGCGUGUUCAUUAUUUAUCAUCAAUGCCUCAUCAGGCAGGAACAUCGGGUGACUUGACGUUGGCGCGCUAUGUUCAAGAACAAUUAAAAGGAUACGGAAUGGAUCCAGUGGAGCUAGCCGAGCAUAAUGUGUACCUCUCAUAUCCAAACCAAACAGCUGGUUCUUUUGAGCUGUUAGACGGUGACAAGGUUGUUUAUUCGGCCUCUAUGACUGAAGAUUCCAUGUAUUCCGGGGAUUCCUCUCAAAUUCAUCAGCAGCCGAUACCCUACCAUGCAUUUUCUAAAGCCGGAACUGCUGAGGGUCCCCUAAUAUACGUCAAUUAUGGAACAAGAGAUGACCUGGAGUAUCUGAAAAAUAAAAAUAUUGAGCUUAAGGGUGCUCUUUUUGUUGCACGAAUGGGCCGACUAGACUUAGGUCUGAAAGCGCGAUUAGCCAGUGAUUAUGGCGCUGUUGGCCUCGUGACUUUUAGCAAUAGUAAAGAAGGUGACCAGGCAUGGCCCGAAGGACCUGGUUAUCCUGACGGAGCCAUUGAACGAGCAUCUGCGUCGAUUCCAGAGAUUAUCCCCGGUGAUAUUUUAACACCUGGGUGGUCAUCUUUUUCUAAGCAUCGUGUGUCAGAUCUAAAUAGUGUGCAAGUCCUACCAACAAUUCCUGUUAUUCCCUCGUCGUGGCGCGACAUUAAACCAUUUUUACAAGCACUAAAAGGACAUGGUAUUAAGGCAUCUAAGGGUUGGGUUGCUGCCAAGCCCACUGGUAUUAAUGAAUGGUGGUCAGGUAGUGCUGAAGGUCCUCGUGCUAGAAUUAGUACGUCGCCAAUUGUCAAAAACCGCCACGCGAUUUGGAACGUUUUUGGUAAAAUUAGCGGAGUGGAACAAGGUGAACUUGCCAUUGUAAUUGGUGCAAAAAGAGAUUCAUGGUGUUACGGUGCUGUGGAGUCAGCUUCAGGGACAGCAGUCUUACUUGAGCUUGCACGUAUAUUUUCCCACAUGGCAACGAAACUUGAUUGGGUUCCGUUACGGUCAAUUUACUUUGCAAGCUGGGACGCCAACAAUCACAACUUUGCUGGAAGCACUGAAUGGGUAGAACUAAAUGUGGACGAGCUUAGACGCAACGGAGCGCUUUACAUUUCGCUGGACGAAGCCGUGUCAGGAACCCACUUUUCUGCCCAAGGCCAUCCACUUGUGGAGCGCGUGCUUGCCGAAGUGUUGCAACAAGUCAAGGAUCCGGCAACAAACGCAACAAUUGGUUCUCAAAACGGUGCACGGGCGUUGAAACCGUUCCGAGACCCGGGCGAUUACAUGUCGUUUCAGUCUUAUGCCGGCAUGACCUCUUUCCAAAUUGGGUUCACUGGUAGACGGUACCCCAAAAAUAGCUGCUUUGAUUCUUACGAAUGGAUAGAGCGGUAUGCUGAUACUGAGGACUUUGCAUAUCAUCGAACAGCCACAGACAUUGCUGCUCGUCUGGCGCUGCGAUUUGCUGACGACCCAAUCCUCCCGCUAGACGUGUUGGCGUAUGCCCGGUAUCUGGGGUGGUAUGUUGACGACCUACAAAAGUACGUAGAUGCGCAGGGUGGCCAUGACGCGCUCAAUUUGGAGCCUCUGCGGCAGUCGAUUCAUCAAAUUAAAGCAGCCGGUGAAAGAUUUGAAAUUUGGCGCGAGGGCUGGAAAACAGCAGUGAACUCUGCUGGUGAGCCGCCUAUUUUUUCUGUACACCGGUGGUCCUGGAACUCGCAUUUGGUUGGAAUUGACAAGCACUUGCUGGACAAUAACGGCGUGCCUGGCCGGUCAUGGUUCAAGCACGUAGUGUUUGGUCCUCAAUUGUGGCACCCGUCAGGGCCCAGCGGGUCGACUUAUGCGUGGGGGACAUUCCCAGCGAUCCGCGACUUUGCUGAAGCUCGGGACUGGUCCGGUGCGCAAACUGCUGUAGAGCGGGUUGCAACCAUCAUCAACAUUACUGCCAACAAAUUGUCUAUAUAA